CUCGACUCAUAACCGUGAGGUAAAGUGCAUUUUCGUAUGUUUAUCAGUCUUUUACUCUGUUGAAAAACAAUAACGUACUUUACCCAUGGUAAUUCCACUGUGUCUACGCCUUAUAUGUAAGAAAACUCAAUACAGACAAUAGAUUUAAGAACGCGUAUCACAUCGAGAACAGAAUAUAAUCAGGCUCUAUUUGAAAAUUACACCAUACUGCUGUCGUUUCCAUAUUCAUUUCGAAGUAAUCGAGCAUUACAAUGAAGAUACCUACAGUUUUCUCCCACAUUGUAAUAUUUCUCUCCAGCGUCACCUCGUUUGUAUCAUCGGCGUCAAUUCCAACCAAAUGUAAAAUACCAACCAAUCUGAAAUUCCGAUACAAGAGGCUGUCCCGUGCAGCCGUUGGCAACAAGUUUUUCCUUCCGGCUAGAGUUACUCCAGUCGGAAGUAACCAGAAACCACUGAUCGUCGGGGAUACAACCUGCCCAACAUCUUCUGCAUCUAUUGAUAUCAUCCGCGAACGUUCAACCUGCCCAUGGUACGUGAAUAUUACCCAUGAUUCAACAGUUUUCCCUUCAUCCCGUACCGAAGUUGUGUGUCGCUGCAGAGGCUGUCGAGAUUUUAGCAGCAGCAAAUACCAAUGUGUGACGGUAUAUACUAAAAUGACUGUCCUCAAACGUACAAAUAAAUGCGUUGCUAGACUGUACGUGUAUAAGCCAAUUGUGAUUAAUGUAGGUACAGCUUGUGUGUGUGCAAGAAAAAUUGAUGGAUAUAAAAACGACAAAUAUGCGUCUUACGAAACAUAGAGGUUAUUCACAAUAUUAUGAAAGAUUAACUUGACCACUAAGAGGGCAUUAUAAUUUGCACACAACUGUACAUAAAAUUCGCACACAUACAUAUAUACUUUGUAAAUAUGUUUAUAUUUUAUUUAAUUCCAUAUAUCAUAAAACAUUUCAUAAUCUCUGUGUCCACAUAUUUAUAUGUUAUCUUUAACAUAUUUUAUUGUAUUGUUUAUUUGAAAUGAACAAUAUAUUAUUUGACUCAUGUCUGACAUAUACAACAUAUUUAAGUCUUCGACCAUUUUGAGUUUUAUCAUGAUUGUACAUAUCCAACGACACACACACACAUACACAACCCUAUACAAGGCGUGGGGUUGAGAAGUUCUUGGUUUGGGUUAAAAGAAAAUACAGGAGUAUCAGUUAAUUAUAAUUUUAUUGAAAAUAAUCUCAGAUUCACACACUAACUGUGGCGGUCCCGCAGGUUACAAAGCCUUGUGUAAGAAUUCGGAAGGUAGGGGGCACCACUAGGCGUUUCGCGACACCCUUAAAGUCAGGAACUUCUCGCCAUCCCUUUGUGUGC